AUGCUGCGCUGUCGUCAGGCCGGUCAGUUUACAUCGCAGAGCCGACGGAAAACUCUACAUGGCCUCCAAUUCAGUGAUCAGAAUAGGCCUGCCAGCACAACCACCUCCUCACCCCGUACCGCACCAUCCACAACCUUCAGAUUCCCAUCCCAAACCUCUCCAUCCCCAUCCCCCUCUUCCCUGCCUCGAGGUACCUACCGCCCGACUUCCCGCCGCCCAACCCAAGUCCGCACCGCCCAACCGCUCAAUCUCUGGACCGCCAUAAAAUCCAUCUUCGGCUGGAAACCCACGCCAGCACCCUACACUCCCGCCCCCUUUACCGCAACCACCAAUCCCUACCGUGCCCGCAAGACCUGGCCCCCGGACUUCACCACUCUACAUCCAAAACACCAGUUCCACUUCGAGAAGACAUAUCGGCGAAGGGCGAAGCUGAAGUACGCCAGACCGCGCUGGACCAAGGGGACGAAGAUUGUGCAGUUUGCCCUCACGGUCCUGAUCGUGGGAUAUUGGGUCUUCUUUUUGGAGGUGGAGGGCGAGGGAGGCACAUUUUGGGAUGCUUUCCGGAAAAUGACUUCGCAUGCUUGGAAUGACUUUGGUAAACUGCCCGAAAGUAACAGACAGCAGAUGGGUACACUGUCCCAGGCCAAGCUCGAGCAGGAAUCGGCAGGGGCAGAAUGA